AUGCUUGGAAAAUAUUUGUUUACCAUUUUGAUGGGUCUUGUUUUGUUGAAUGCUGUUGUUAGUAGUGAUAGUGACUCCAAAAUAUGGACACCUGAUGAAUUCGAAGCGCUUUUAAAACGAAUAGGAGAAUUAAAAACGAGAAAUUCUCAUCCCGCACCAGAAACCACUACAGAAUUCGAAAUAAACAUGAGGAAUAUCUUCAAAGUCGAUUGUUUUGAAGGAUACAAAUUAGUGCAUGGAAGAUGUAGAAGAGUUCAUCGAAAUAAAAGUUUGUAA